AUGCGCGCGAAGUGGCUAUGCCGCAUUUGCCGCGACGGGAAGGGGGCGCCUUACGUCGACUACGCACACCAGCUCCAGUGCAACUCCUGCAGUUUGGCGAAACGCGUGGCGUUCAUGGGCAAAGUGGUGGGCGGCCACCCUUCGAGGAGUGUCGCGUCCGUCGCGACGGCCCCUUCGCAGAAGGCCCAGUACGACAAGGAGCUGGACACCGCGCGGAAACAGAUGGCCGAAUUCAAACGCAAGUUGGCUGCUGCGGAGUCUUCUGGCACAGCUACUGGUGCCUCAGCUGCGGAGGCUCGCAUCGCCGAGCUCGACGUCAAGAUCGGGAAGCUCACGGAGGACAAAGAGCCCGAUCUCGUGGCCGCCCUCGACAAGCUCAAGCAGGAGAAGGCGCGCCUGCUGCUGGAGGACCUUCACGACAAGCCUGCGGCUACGCAGGUGCAGCUCUGGCACGGCAAAAUCGCCAAAGCGGGGCUGGCCAUCAAAAAGACAAACGACGCGCUGACAGCCAAGCUGGAGGCGGCGCAGCGGAUCCAGGAUGAGGCCAGGGUGCUGGAGGAGCGCCUGGUCGCUCAGAAGGCUGAGUUGGUGCAGCUGCAGCAGCAGCAGCAGCAGCAGCAGCAGCAGCAGUCCGAACUCCUCAAAGGACUCCCCGCGCCGCCGGGAGGCGAAAAGGAGCGUGGCCCCGUGCUGGGCGACAUCGUCCCUGGGCCGGAGGUUUCCGCCGAGGCCUUGGAGCAGCACCUUAAUGGCGUGGGUGCGUCUGGGGAGCUGCGUGGCCGCGCUUCGCAGCUGGUGUCA